AUGGAGUUCGUCGUCGGAGGCUUCAGAGAAGUACUUUUUCGGGGCAUCGGACUCAGAAGUGAUUCACUGGCUUGCAUUCCCACCAACCAGAGCAUUGGCGGUGAUGUUGGACAAUGCUUGAAAAUGCAGCGGCGGCAAAGUGGGGAGAAUGAUAUGUUUCCAAAGAUCAAUCACCAACUGAAUAAAGCCAUUAUUAUUGGCCGCUGCCACGAGCGUGGUUUGGAGUUUCUUUUCUCGGCCCAAGAUAUAACUAAACCGAAUUCAAGCUCAUUUCAACAAUCCUCCUUGAUAUCACUUCGAAAACCUCCCUACCAUUGCCACCAUCUACCUUGUUGA